AUGCAGUCGCAAUCUCAUCCCUACGCUAGCGACAAUAUCCGCUAUUUUUCUCAGACUCACACCAACUCUUCAACUCUACCAUUUGCCGCUCUCCCAAUAGCAGAACUAAACAUGCUUCCAUACAUUCUGCAACAACAACAGCAACUCAUUUAUCACGCCAAUGGGUCUCUUCCUCCUCUCACAUCCGAUGAAACUCGAGAUAUGCUCAUAACAAUCCACCACAUGUGUCAAGAUAUCAAAGACUCGCUACGUACCCUGAACAAUAGAGUCGGUGAUCUAUACGGCGAAAUCACAAUGUUAAGAGAGCGUACCUCGAAUAUAGAGUCGCAUACUGGAAUCAGAAGAUUCGAUGACGCUGCGACAGAAGCAGAUGACGAAAAUGCAUAUGGAGAUGAAAACGAUAUUAUACUGGAAAAAGAAACAUUGUCUUGUACUGAAGAAUAG